AAUAACAUGUUUUCAAUAACUUGCUAAAUUCUGCAUGAUUCCGUGAAACUCACUGCAGACACAGUGAAUACAGUGAACACAGUGAACGCAGUUGUUUUCAGUGCAGAGUUGAUAUGGAAACGCGACAUUGCGCACACACGACUUUUUUGUGUUUUUAAUGUCGUCCUAAAGUGUUUGUUUUGCUUUACAUUUCGACGACAUGCAUCGGAAUCAUGCGUAGCGCAUGUAGCUUGAGACAAUAUCGGAAAAAGUGCCUUAAGUGCAGUCAAGAUGAAAGCUAUGAAAAUUUAUGAAUAUUAUCUCAUUUGACAAGGUUCAAACUAAAUUAACAUCCUUAAUCGAGGUAAAUCAACAUCCUAUAAUUAGUAGUUAUUUUUAUCUGCAUGUUAUGGGCAUGGUCGUUUAUAUUACUACAUUAUAUUAAAUUGUGUAAAACGGUGUACACCGUAGAACCGGCUAAAACAAGUACGUACAAAAAAUGAUUUCCUUUCAAAAGGCCAAAGAAACAUUUAGGUGGCGCCUUCUAUACGUCAGAGUCAUACCUAAUUUGAUUUUAGUGUACUGAAUAUUCUGUAUAAAAAUGGUUGCCAGUCGGUGGUCAAGGGGCGAUCUGCGAAAACUAUUGCGGUAGACGUCUAGACGAGUUGUUCGAAGAGUGACGACGACGGCCACGAGCCCCAGUUCCCCCUACCAGGCGAGCGUCGCGCAUCCAAAAAUGCCAAAACUACCCGGUGAUUAAUUACUAACCGAAAAUCAAUUGUUAUAAAUCUAUAGAAAAUGCGUAUAAUAAUCGACGUCGGGACGCUAUAGAGAAGCAGCAGGUUCUUGCUGCAUAGGGUAGGGCGGCGCAUCUCGACGCCGACGCAACAAAUACGGGGGAGAACGCGACCCACAAAACCUGCGGACGAACAUCAUAGUGCGGCUAACCUACGUGUCGAGCGCUGCGAAUCGCUGCGUCGCGACGCCAGUCUAUUCUUAGAUCGGGACUCGGAAAUAAACAAACUGAACGCGCGAGACUAACGACCCGAUUUCUAUACAUUCGCCGCAUAGAAAUUGGUACGAAAUACUCCCUUCGAAAGGUGACUCCCUUAAUGUGACAGUGUGUACCAGGUGUGAUUUGAUGGAUGUACAGUGAAGUGACUGUAGAGUUACCACGUGGAUCGCGACAAUAUCGUUUGACAAUCACCGAAUUGGCCAGCAGUGUUGGUUGGUACUUGUCAUUAUGUUGGCGACGCAGUGAAAUACCGUUUCUUGCACUACUAAUCAAACCAUCCAUAAUCAAUGCGUUCCUCGGAAAGUCUCACCUAGUUGCCAAACAAAAUUUUCGGACCCCCUGGUUACCAGAUUGUGAUCCUGCGGUGGGUUAAGAUGUCGAAGGAUAUAGCCUUGGAGCCAAUAUGAUCGCGGGACAUGGCAACAGCGUUUGUGUUUCUGCUGACCAUCUCGCUAGCCUUAGCGGCACCCGACUGGACGGACUGCCCCAACCCCUGCCGCUGCAAGUGGAGUUCCGGGAAAAAAACGGCCUACUGCCAGAAACAAGGGCUAAUCGCAGUGCCUACCAACCUCGACGAGGGCAUGCAGGUCCUGGAUCUCUCCGGCAACUCCCUCUCUUCGCUCCCCACUGCGGUGUUUCAGUCUGCGGGUCUAAUUCAUCUACAACGUAUUUACCUAUCCCACUCCGGUAUAUACGAAAUCGACAAAGAUGCCUUCAAGGACCUUAUUAUUCUGGUGGAAGUCGAUUUGUCCAACAACGAAAUCUCGAGUCUACAUCCCCGGACGUUUUACGGCAACGAGCGGCUGCGGGUGCUCUAUUUGAACGGCAACCCCUUGGGAAAGCUCGUUAGAGCUCAGUUCCCGCCGCUGCCGUACUUGAGAACUUUGGAGUUGGAAAGUUGUCGCCUGCAAGUCGUAGACCAGGACGCGUUCGUGAACGUCGUGGAGUUGGAAACGUUAAACCUGCGUUACAACCUCCUGACCAAUUUAUCCGAGACUUCGUUCAUGAAUUUCGCUCACUUGAAGACGCUUCUGCUGGAAGGUAACCCGUGGAGGUGCGACUGCGAGCUGAGAGUCUUCCGGGAUUGGUUUCUGGCGAGCAAGUUGACGUCGGCGUCGCUCACUUGCGCGGAACCUGAUCUACUACGCGGUCGACGGUGGAAAGACGUCAACUCCCAAGAGUUCGCUUGUGCUCCGCAAGUGUUCGCUUAUCCUCAGCGAGAGGUUCAAGCGGAAGCCGGUGGUAACGUAAGUUUCGGUUGUCACGUUCUGGGGGAUCCUGAACCACAAGUGUUUUGGCUCUACGAAAGCUACCCCAUCAAUCACACGUGGUUGAUCAUCGAAGCCGAAGAAGGACUGCUAGAUAAGUGGUCGAACAUAAGCAUAUACAACGUCAGCGAGAUCGACGGCGGGUUGUACACGUGCGUCGCGAGGAAUGUUCUCGACGUUUCGUCGGUUAAUGUGACAUUAGUGUUGCCGGAAGUCGUGACCGCGACCACGUUAAGCAAAACUGACUCUAAGGCGGUAUGGUGGGGCGUUAUGAUAACGAGUGCCGUGCUAGUGCUAUCGACUGUGAUAACAAUCACGACAGUGUGUUGCGUACGUAGGAAUAACCGUGCGCGGAGGCGGAACAUGCAGGAGAGCGUCAGUUUCACGGACCAAGAAAAGAAACUGCUCGACGUCAGCAUAGCCACAACUACGGAUAGGGGAACGGGUAGUACCGAAGCGAUCGGUCCUGAUUUGGAGAUCGUCGAGCCACCCGUACAUAUCACCAUAGAACGCGACCCAUUGCCUAUGGUCGUGUUUCCACCUCCGCCAGAGUUUUCGACCAGUGCUCUCCCUGCAGGGGCGUAUGGGAAUAUUUUCAUUUCGGUGUCGGUGAGUAGGGAUCCUGGAACGGUCGAUGUGUCCAGGUGUCCGGAUUUGUUAGACUUGCCGCACAGGUCUAAACCGGUUUACCACGGAAUGGCGACCCUUCCGAGACGUCCCUGCGCAACUCCCCACUAUGACAAUAUGGGUCCUCGCGUGACAGCCGGUGGUAGUUCGACAUUGUCAUUGCCCGACGCGACCGCCGACCUUCAACCACCCCAGCAGACCCUAUGCGUUCCUCUCACUCCCGAGUUUGUCUCUCUCUAACCUCCUCGCGGUUAAUCUUCAAUUAGUGCCUUUGCUCACAUCAAUAUUUCGAUUGUGUUUUAAAAGUAUGCCCGGUGUAUUCAUUUCGUUUUGGAUAUACGUUUUGCGUGACUCCUCGUGAUGUUUCGGUGUUUUUCGAUUCCAAAUCAGACGUACUUUUAACCAGUUAAAUAUGUAUAGCGUAAUGUAUUUAAUUCGUCUCUAAAAUAACUCAGUGUCAACCUACCAAAAACCCAUUGGACGAGAGUAAGACUUUUAAAACUUUUGUUCGUUUUUUAAAUUUUAAUGUACAUUGUUAAAUCUGU